GUUAUUGUAACAAAUUAUAAUUCAACCAGCUCUACUUCAAUAUUUUUCGUUUUUCAAGAAAAAUUGCAUAGUAAUCGAGAAUGGAUUUGAUAUUGGAGAAAUUGGAUGAAUACCUUCUAACGCCGUAUGUUUAUCCGAGUAACUGGCCUGAGGACGAUGGGAAAAGACAGGUUUUAACUUUGUUUCUGCUCAUGAAUGUAGGCGGAUGGCUGCUGUAUAUUAUCUCGGCAUCUCUUAGCUAUAUCUUUAUCUUCGACCGCAGACUAAUGCAGCAUCCACUUAUACUAAAGAACCAGAUUCGUCGAGAAAUUACAGUUGCGACUAGCUCAAUUCCGUUCAUGGCUGUGCCAACCGUGUUUAUUUUUCUGCUAGAAGUGAGAGGCUACAGCAAGCUGUACUGGUAUGAUCGCCCAGAGCAAACAUGGGGGUAUUUUGUUCUGGAGAUUGGAUGUAGUGUUGUAUUAUUUUUGCUGUUCACUGACUUUCUUAUUUACUGGAUCCACAGAGGAUUGCAUCACAAGAGUAUUUACAAGUACCUGCAUAAGACACACCACUUAUGGAAAGUACCUACACCAUAUGCAAGUCAUGCAUUUCAUCCUAUUGAUGGUUUCCUGCAAAGCUGUCCAUACCAUAUUUAUCCUUUCCUUUUUCCACUUCACAAGAUUGUCUACCUCAGUUUAUUUCUUGCAGUUAACUUUUGGACUGUCUCCAUUCAUGAUGGUGACUACCGUGUGCCUGAAAUUUUGAAACCUUUAGUGAAUGGUUCAGCCCACCAUACUGACCAUCACCUGUUAUACCACUAUAACUAUGGACAAUUUUUUACGCUUUGGGAUAGGAUUGGUGGUUCAUUUAGAAAACCUGAUGCAUUUCAAGGACAAGCUCCAAUAGAUUACAUCAAUAAACAGAACUUGAAGAAAGAAUGAAACACAUUUUUUACAUUUUACAAACUGUUCAUUGUUUGCAUGAUAUAUUGAAUUGCAAAAAAUAUAAUAACCAACAGACAUAACAUUACAGUUAUUUAGACAUCCCUUAGUGAAUGAUACAAAGAAAUAUCAAAAUUGAGG